GCUCAUGUGCUCCCAAGAGGCGCUCCCAGUUCACCCGCGUGUGCUCCUGCGUGUCCUGUGCCCACCAUGGGGCCCCUGGUCCUGCUGUGGGGCUGCCUCCUGCUCCCAGGUUAUGAAGCUCUGAUGGGGCCGAAGAACAUCAGAGGAUUCGAAGGCGACACUGUGUCCCUGCAGUGCACCUACGAGGAGAAGCUGCGGGAGCACAAGAAAUACUGGUGCAAGAAGGGCGGGAUCCUCGUCCCCCGCUGCUCGGGCAUCAUCUACGCGGGAGAAGAUGGCCAGGAGAGGACAGAGGGCAGGGUGUCCAUCCAGGACAACCCCCAGAAGCUCCUGUUCAACGUGACCCUGAGGGAGCUCACCCAGCAGGACUCGGGGGAAUACUGGUGCGGCAUCAACAUCCUGGGCAUUGACCAGACUUCCCUGGUCUCUCUGCUAGUCCUGCCAGCUUCUCCUGGUUUCCACCCGACAGUCACCACGCAGGGGAAGACAGAGGCCGCGGCCUCUCCAUUCACAGGGACGUCCCCGCCCGAGCCCGCAGGACCCUCUCUAUACACAGGAACCUCUCCGUACGCAGGGACCUCUCCGAACGAAGAGCCCCCCCUUCACAGAGCCACCUCUCCUCAUGCAGGGACCUCUCGGCCUUCCACGUACCUGGACUCCACCUCGACGGAAGACCCCAUGUCCAGGGCGUCCCCCUCAAAGGCCCACAUCCUGGCGCCGGUCCUAGUGCUGCUGGUCCUCCUGCUGGCCGCAGGCCUGGCUGUCGUCGGCAGGUGCGUGCUCCGGUGCAGGAAGGAAGUUCAACUGGACACGGAGACACAGAAUGAGAAGGUCCACCUCUCACACUUGAACCACCAGGCCCCGGAGUACGCUGUGGUCAACCUCACAGCAUCCCCUGGGCCUCGAGCCAGCCCCAAGCCCUCCGCCAGCCCCUACACGGAGAUCCCGGAGAUCCGGCGCCAAAGCCAGGCUUUGGAGGAAGGAUGGAGACAAGCGUGGCUCCUUCCUGGUCGAGAAAGAGUUAAUUGCCUGUGGGUGCUGGUGAGGAGCUGGGGUGAGGGGCAGGAAGCCACUGGUGCAGGUGGGUCUCUAAAGGGAAGAGGAAGGGUUUAGGGCAGGAACCUACAGGAACCUCAAGGUGACCCUGAGUCUGGCCCCAGAGCUACUAUUACUUUUCUUUCUUCUUCUUUUUUUUUUUACAGUGAAACUGGGGG